CAUGCGCCGUAUCCAUCUCAAACAUUUGCAUGGCGCGUGUUGAUUGUUGGACUAUUUUGAUUUGAUGAAUAAUUGAUUAAUGAUGUAUGAUCGGUGUUAUCCGAAACUUGAGGAAGCCAUGUGAGGAACAAUAGUCUUAAAGUGCUAAACACGGCAAGACAUUUCAGUUUGUUCCCUUAUUUUGCAUUGCAUUUCCUUGCCUCAUUUUGAUUUGAAUUCAUUAGGCUUAUGGAUGAUUAAGAUAUUUGAAUUUUUUUAUGUCUUCCUGCAUCUCAUAAAUACUGUCACAAUAUCCUGACAGCACUCUGUGGCCAUGGGCCGCAGCUCGAGUGAUUCAGGCGACGACCGCGUGCGCCGCCAUCGGGACCGCCGCUCACCGGACCGGCGACAUAAGAGACGCGCCCACCGCUCCCGCAGCGACUCGAGGACGCGUCACCGGCGGCGGCGCUCGGGCAGCCGCGAGCGCCGCCGCCGCCGCGACCGGCGCCGCUCGCGCUCCUCCAGCGGUGAGCGCGACCGGCGGCGGGACCGGAGACGGUCGCGGUCCUCCAGCGGCGAGCGGCGCCGCGACAGACGCCGCUCGCGCUCCUCGAGCGGAGAGCGCCGCCGUCGCCGCCGCCGCUCUUCCUCGUCAUCGUCAGGCCGCUCGGCGCGUCGCUCGCGCACGGCGUCGAAGGCGGCGUCUCCGGCGCGGCCUAGCCCGGCGCCCGCACCCGCGCCGGCGGUGUCACUGCUGUCGGACGACCCGGCGGGCCGCGCCGCCGCCAUCGCAGCUGUGGAGGAGGACGAUUUUGUGCAGCGCUCGUUCAUCUCGGGUAAAUCUCGGCCUGUCGCCGAGCAGGGUCUGACCACGGACGAACAGGAAAAGCUGGCCAGCCUGGCCGAGAGCACUGACACUAAAACGGAGAUGAAGGACGAGGACAUCGUUCACCCGAAACUGUCCGAGGGUGUGCAGAGGAAAACGGACAUGUGGGUGAAGAAAAUAUGCGCGAUGCGUCAAAAACUCAUCGCCGCGGGGUCCACCGUGUCGUGAUUGCGUCGUGCGUCGGAACUUGUGCGAUGGUGCAGGUGGUAUGCUACAUGGUUAUACUUAUGCCCCCGAUUUUAAAACGGCAUGUAAAUCGCCUUGUCCGAUGCAUUUGCUGACUCUCGUCUAUCGUCUUGUCCAUUCAUGCUGACAUAUGUGUUGCGACAAAAUACAGCGCUAAAAAUAACAA